UGAUCAGGUAUAAAUUUGUACAUUCCCGCUUUGGCAGGCCACAUUUUGCAUUCAGAGGAAUCGAAGAGAACACAAGUAAUGGAGGAAGUGAACAACAACGCUAGAGCAGCUCCCCGCACAGCACGCGAGGUUCAGCAAAACUUUGCCGAGUCUCUCGGCUAUGCCGAUGAGAUCAUUUGGGAUCUCUUGUCCCAAGAGCAAAAAAAAGUCUUAGAGAAGAAGCUCAAGGAGCUAAUACGCGAUCCAGAGCCACCGAGUGAUGAUUCAGAGGAAAGUUCUGAACAGAUCGCACGCAGGAAGCUAAUCGCCGCCAAUGAAAAAGUUAGAAAUACCAUCUUCAAUUCCGUCUGGGAGCAGCGAAAAUAUACAAAUCACCAGUCGCUCACAUCCAUAAUAUACGUAAUGGUUGUCGCCGACGAGCAGGACGUGAAUCGUGCGGAGGACUGCCAGUCCUUUUCUUGUCACCCGGUUUUCCGCGCGCGUCGUUGUGUCACCGGAAGCAGUGGUACAAGUAGCGACAGCUCCAACUGCUGCAUGGUGUUCGUAGACGAGAACGGACGCGUCUACCAGAACUGGACCUCGUAUGUGGCCACCAACGAGCUGCCCGCCGGUGUGAUGGUUGCCCCCGAACGUGGCAUUUACAAGAUGGUCAACGGACAAGUCAGGUUGGACAAGUACACGACCCCGGCUGGCACCACCAACCGAAAAGUGCUCGGAUAUCUGGACACUGGCAGUGCGAUCGGCGGCUUUGCAGCUGCAUGCGUACCAGUGGCCGCUCUCCUCACGCUGCCGGUGUCCGCUCCCCUGAUGGCGGCUGCCGGUGCCGUCGGCCUUGCGACUGCCGGCUAUGCCACUGCACGUUCCAGUGUCAAGCUGGUGGAUCGCAGCCAGCACGAGCAGUCGAUCAGCGUGACGGACCGUGAGGCGCGUGGCCACUGGUUGGGCGUAAUCGCUGGAGCCGUGGGGCUGGGCGCUGCUGGAGCUACCAGUGUAAUGUCGGCGGCCACUGUCGCCGGCCAGGAGGUGGGAGCGAUCACUCAGAUGACUGUCAAUGGGAUGAACAUCUCCUCCAUCGUCAUAUCGGGCACUGGCGUAGCCAAUGGGGUGCUCGACUUGAUACUGAAAUCCCAAGAUGGCGAUGAUGUCACGGCCAUGGAUGUGCUGCAGCUUUCGGCCUCCCUGGUGCUGUUUACGCACAGCGUAUAUAACUUCCGUCUUGCAUCGACCAUUAUCAAUGAUACGGCGAACAGCAAGAUAAGCAACUAUCGCGAGGCUCUGAGCAAUCGCCAGCGGCGUGCCUUUGAUAAGGCGUCCAAGGAGACCAUCCGAAUCCGUGGCAACACAAAGGGGAAGCUGGACAUUAUACGCGGCGUCAACGAGGUGCCCUCAAAGCAGCAGUUCAACGAUCUUUACAAGAUCAACAAGCAGUUGAACAAGGAGGGCGUGCGGGUUGCCUUUGCACCGGAUGGCAAGGGUUUCGUGCUGAACGACCAGGUGACCACCAGCGCGGCAGAGCUUCGUUCCAGUGUGCAGCACCAACAGGGUCCCGAUGUACUGGGUCAGGUGAAGCAGCCGAUUCCCGCCAGCCACGAGACUGCGCGCAAUAUCAGAACGAUUGGUGGUUCCCGCAUUUUGGGUCCAAAUCCGACUGCCCUCGACGGACCGGAGCCCACCAACUAUUCCGUGGGCGCGUUCGCGCUCCAGCUAAGCUCUGUUAUGGUUGGGGGUGUGCUGUUCGUCCUAAAGGAUUACGGAGAGGUGCUAUUCGAACACAUUGUCAACGCUGGGAGUAUCGAGGACAUGAUCAACAGCAUGGCCCAGAACCUGGAGCCGAAAGUCUUCAAUUUCAUAAUGAACCUGACGAGAACCUUCAUGGACACUAUGCUGGAGGAGCUAAAGUCGGUGCUGAAGUUCUUCAUUGCCACCGAAUCGGUGAUGUACAGGAUCCUUGUGUACGUUCUCGAUAACUACGGCAAGGAUUCCUACGAUUUGAUCGUUGAACACACCAUGGAUAUUUUGCAAGGCGUCAGAGCCUACUUCAUGGCGCUGAAUCCCAACUCGUACUCCGAGCUCCUCAAGAAGUGUGACGUCUGCGAGGGCUACUACAGCGUCUGCCAAUUGUAACCGGAUCAGUCGCAAAUGGAAACCCUUUAUCAUUACUUUAUUACAAAUACAACUCCCCCAAGAAGGAGCGAGACACAAAUCUAACCCAAUCACAUUCUAAAUGAGCACAAAUUGACAACAAAAUACGGAUGGCUGUAUGAAUUUUGAUACAAUUUACAAUAUAUGUACAAUGUAUAAAAGUACUACAAAGUUAACUAAUAAUUAAAUGCUUCUAUUUACCAAA